AUGACCGACUUUAACGAGACCCACUACGUGUUCAAGGCCAUGGUGGUGUACGCCGUCCUCAUCGCCGACGUCGUGGUCAAUGCCUUCUACGAGCCUCCCCGCCCCACCCUCCUCGAGGUGCUGGUCAACAAGCCGGCCAUCAUCCGCCGGGCGCAGAGCCAUGUCAAGCGGCGGUCUAUCAAGAAGAAGGCCCAGCUGGCCUGGCUGCUCCGCGCGGUGGCCUGCACCGACAUCACCACUCUGGCCGGUGACGACACCGACGAGAACGUCCGCCGUCUGUGCGCAAAGGCAAAGUCGCCCAUCCGCCCUGACCUGCUCGCUGCCAUCGGCAUGGAGGGUCUGACCUGUGGUGCGGUGUGCGUGUACCCCUCGCGCGUGCCUGCCGCCGCCGCCGCCCUCGAGGGCACCGGCGUCGAGCUGGCGGCCGUGGCCACUGGCUUCCCCUGCGGCCAGACGCCCAUGCACACCAAUGUGCAGGAGAUCGAGUACGCCGUGGCGUGCGGCGCGACCGAGAUCGACAUUGUCGUGGCUCGUGAGCUCAUCAUUGCCGGUGAGUGGGCCGCCCUCUACGACCAGCUUGUCGAGUACAAGAAGGCCUGCGGCUCGGCCCACAUGAAGUCGAUCCUGGCCAUCGGUCAGCUCCCCGACUACCGCAUGGUCUACAAGGCCUCGCUCAUCGCCAUGAUGGCCGGAUCUGACAUGAUCAAGACCUCCACCGGUACCGAGUCAAUCAACGCCUCGCUCGAGGUCUCGCUCGUUAUGGUCCGCGCCAUCCGCGACUACUACGAGCAGACCGGCUACAUGGUCGGCUUCAAGCCUGCCGGCGGCAUCCGCUCCGCCAAGACUGCUCUCGGCUACCUCUCGCUUAUGUACGAAGAGCUCGGCCACCGCUGGACCAAGCCUGACCUCUUCCGCAUCGGCGCCUCCUCGCUCAUCAUCGACGUCGAGCGCCAGAUUGAGCACGGCCUCACCGGUGCCUACGCCGCCAAGCACUACAUGCCCAUGUCGUAG